AUGUCCCCCCAUAAGACGGGUGAGCCCCCUGAGGAGUCCGCUGUGGACCCUGCGGUCGAGUACUUUCAGAAAAAUCCUGCGCCGAAGGCUCUGAACAGCCACCAGUCGCUUGCGCGCGAGUUCAUUCAAUAUCACACAGAGACUUCGCCGGAGCGCCGGAUCGUGCUGGUGACUUCAGGUGGGACUACUGUUCCACUUGAAAACCAAACUGUCCGGUUCAUUGACAACUUUUCGGCGGGCACUCGUGGAGCAACGUCGGCGGAAUACUUCUUGAAGCAAGGCUAUGCAGUUAUCUUCCUCCACAGGCAGUUCAGCCUGCUGCCUUAUUCUAGGCACUACAGCCACAGUACGAACUGUUUCCUCGAUUUCAUGGAUGAGUCAGAAGAUGACAAUGGAGGUGUUGUCGUGCGAAAAGAGUACCAAGAGAAGAUGCGGCGAGUGCUGGAGGAAUACCACUUUGCCAAGCGGAAUCGACUCCUCCUCCUCCUCCCUUUCAUCACAGUCACCGAUUAUCUGUUUGAGCUUCGGGCCCUCGCAACACUAAUGCAACCUGUGGGCAGCCGCGCAAUGUUCUAUCUGGCAGCAGCUGUGUCGGACUUUUUCAUUCCUCGCGAACGGAUGGACGAGCACAAGAUCCAGUCACGCGACAACCAGGUGGGAGGGCAAGGCUCAGGGGCGAGCCGACAAUUGGUUAUCAACCUUGACCCGGUCCCAAAGUUCCUCAACACAUUGGUGGUGUCGUGGGCACCCAAGGGUAGCAUGAUCGUCAGCUUCAAGCUUGAAACGGAUCCGGAUCUCCUGGUGGCCAAAGCCGAGCAAGCCCUGGACCGGUACCAUCAUGAUCUGGUGAUUGGCAAUCUCCUCACGACACGCAAGUGGGAAGUUGUCUUUAUCAGCCCUGGCGGGGGGGAGCACUGGGUGCGUGUGCCCAAAUCUCGGAGAUCCAAGAGUUUUUCUGGUAUUGAGAAAAUGAUUGGCUUGGCAGAGCGCAAACACGAGAGCGAGCCGGUUGAUCUCGAAGGGGGAACGGUGACUGAGGGAAUGGAGAUUGAGAGCUUGAUCAUCCCCGACUUAGCAAGUAUGCACACCAAGAUGAUCGAACAACAGUCAUAG